GACAACAUCAUCCAUUUCCGUUAUCGAUAGCCCAAUGUCCUCCCAUAAGCUCUCUGAUAGGAGAGAAUUAUGGAGAGUUAGUCCACCUUCUACCUAUUGUCUCAAAAUCGAAUCUUUCAGAAAAUUCGCCACUUCUCCAAACGCCGAGAAGUACGAAUCCCGUCCUUUUCAAUCCGGUGGAUACAACUGGACACUUAUUGUCUAUCCUAAAGGAAACAUUAAGGAAGGAGCUCCAGGUGAUUGGGUUUCAAUGUACGUCCAAAUAGACAAUUCAACACUCCUUAACUCUCCUAAAGAAGUUUACGCAGAAGUCAAAUUCUUCAUUUAUAACCGGAAAGAGGACAAGUACUUCACAUAUCAAGAGACGGAUGCAAAGCGCUUUUUUCUGUUCAAACCAUAUUGGGGAUAUGGUAACGUUAGAUCCUACGGAGACGUGGCGAAUCCCGAUGCUGGUUGGCUUUUCGACGGUGACAAUGUUUUAUUCGGUGUCGAUGUAUUUGUCACUGAAGUUUUUAACAAAUGGGAAGUAUUCUCCUUCACUAAGAGUUUGCAUAACCGCCUUUACAAAUGGACGUUACCCAAUUUCUCGUCACUAGAGAAAGACUACUAUGUAUCUGACAAGUUCGUGAUCGGUGGGAGAAGCUGGGCUUUGAAAGUGUAUCCAAGUGGCGAUGGAGAAGGACAGGGUAACUCGUUGUCGCUAUAUGUUGUUGCGGUUGAUGUUAAGCCUUACGACAAGAUUUAUCUAAAAGCUAAGCUACGAAUUAUAAACCAAAGAGAUUCUAAACAUGUGGAGAAGAAAGUCGAAAGCUGGUCGGAUCAAGCAAACAGUUGGGGAUUCCAGAAGUUUGUACCAUUUGCUGAUCUUCAGGAUACUUCUAAAGGUCUUCUUGUGAAUGAUACAUUGAAGAUAGAGAUUGAAUUCGAAGAUUUCUCUAACACGAAAUACUUUCCAAGUUAAGUUUAGCCUUAUGCGAUCCAUCAGCCGAACCAGAGAGCUUGGAACCAGAUUACUCAACCAAAGUCACACUCGUUGCUUUUUUAUUUUUAAGUGUUUUUGUGUCAAUAAUUGGAGGAUUUGUCUUCCUAAGGUUUAGGAGCCUAUCUCCCACUUUUCCUAAUUCCCUUGUACUUGUAGAAAUAGUUGAUUCCAAGCUUUUCUUGUACUUGUUUCCUAUUUAAAUAAAUGAAAAACUAGAAU